UCAGUUUGUUCGCGAAUUCAGACCCUUGCAGUCGUUCUCUCUCCCUCUCGCGCGUGCUCACGCUCUCUCCCGCGCAGCAGCAACAAAAAACCAAAAACCCUUGAAAGAACAACCUAGACUAAAAAAUCCAAAAUAAUAUUAUAGUACUUGUGUGUCUUUUGUGAGCAACAGCAGAGAUCGGAGUAAGUUUUAAUUUUUUUCUCAGAACCCGGAGAGCAGAUAGCCCAAAUAAGCCGCAGAAUCCCUUGUAAUGGCUCUACUUCGUUCGCUGAGCUCCCAACGAACAGCCCUCAGUUUGGUCUACGGCCGUAAUAGCAGCAAGUCGAGCAACUCGGUGGCCGUUGCCGCCUGCCGGAGUUACCAUCAGCGCGGCAAUAGGAGCUCUACAGCCUGCGGAGAAGCAGCAUCGGAGUCCACAAGCGGGGUCAAUGGGGCGCGCUACCUGCACUCCGGCAACCGGCCGUCGCAGGCCUCGACUCUGGUCCAACCGGACCUGGUGGCUGGCGAGGCGGUGAAGCGGUCCGCGAAGCAGAGCUCGUCCCAGGAGCCAGUGGGCGGCUCGCCACAGAGGGAUCCCCUGGACGUGACCUUCAAUGAUCCGAUUGCAGCCUUUAAGAGCAAGACAACCGGCGAGCUGAUGCGCGCCUAUUUGGUCUACAUGAUCUGUUCCAGCGAGAAACUGGUUGAGCACAACAUGACGCUGCUGAAACUAGCACGCAACCUGCUCGGCCAGAAGCUCUUCGUCCUGCUGAUGAAGUCCAGCUUCUACGGACACUUUGUGGCAGGCGAGAAUCGGCACACGAUCGUGCCAUCCCUAGAGAGACUACGAUCGUUCGGUGUUAAGCCGAUUCUCGACUAUUCAGUUGAGGAGGAUAUCAGCCAGGAGGAGGCCGAGAAACGAGAAGUUGAGUCUUCCGUUUCCAGUGCAGGAGAACAAAAGGAGGAGGGCAGCAUGCCGCAGUACCAUGUGGACAAGUCGUUCGCCGACCGCCGCUACAAAGUGAGCAGUGCUCGAACCUACUUCUACCUAAACGAGGCCACCUGCGAGCGGAACAUGGAGAUCUUCAUAAAGUGUCUGGAGGCCGUUUCAGGCGCCACUUUCGGAACCGGCAUCACCGCCAUUAAACUCACCGCCUUGGGUCGUCCACAAUUGCUGUUACAACUGUCCGAGGUUAUUAUGCGCACACGCAAGUACAUGGAGGACAUGGUGGGCGGUCAGGGCAAUGUGCUGACCCACCAUAAGACUAUCAAGGAUCUCGAGAAGUAUUACGCCACGCUGGGCGACAAUAAGGAUGUGAAGGAGUUCUUGAACAAUGUGACGUCCGAUAAGGAGGGAAUCUUGCAUCUGUUCCCCUGGUCGGGAAUCGUAGACGAGGACUCGCAGCUAAGCGACACGUUCCGUGUUCCCGACCCCCAAACCGGCCAGAUGCGUCGACUGAUCUCACAAAUACCGCCCAAAGAGGAGGAGAUGUUCAGGAACAUGAUCCGUCGCCUCAACACGAUUGUAAAGGCUGCUGCCGAUCUGGAUGUGCGCAUCAUGAUAGAUGCGGAGCAGACCUACUUCCAGCCGGCCAUUUCACGCAUCACCCUGGAAAUGAUGCGCAAGUACAACAAGGACAAGGCCAUUGUCUUUAACACGUAUCAGUGUUACCUGCGCGAAACGUUCCGUGAGGUAAACACCGAUCUGGAGCAGGCCAAGCGUCAGAACUUCUACUUUGGCGCCAAGCUGGUGCGCGGUGCCUAUAUGGACCAGGAGCGGGACCGUGCCAAGUCGCUGGGAUAUCCGGAUCCGGUGAAUCCCACAUUCGAGGCAACCACGGAGAUGUAUCACAAGACUUUAUCCGAGUGCUUGCGACGCAUUAAGCUGAUGAAGGACUGUGAUGACGAUGCCAGAAAGAUUGGCAUUAUGGUGGCCUCGCACAACGAAGACACCGUGCGCUUUGCCAUCCAGCAGAUGAAGGAAAUUGGCAUUUCGCCGGAGGACAAGGUGAUCUGCUUUGGUCAGCUGCUGGGCAUGUGCGACUACAUCACCUUCCCACUGGGCCAGGCGGGCUACUCGGCGUACAAGUAUAUCCCGUAUGGUCCUGUGGAGGAGGUGCUGCCUUACUUGUCGCGCCGUGCCCAGGAGAACAAGGGUGUGCUUAAGAAGAUCAAGAAGGAGAAGCGACUGCUGUUCUCCGAAAUUCGGCGCCGUUUACUGCGCGGCCAGCUGUUCUACAAGCCCAAGGGCAACUAUGUGCCCAUCUAAGCUGGCCUGGAUGGAUGAAAUCACUUUCUCACCCGAACACACACCCCCGAGGUGGCAGACCUGUUGGCGUUUAUAUCCGGCUGAGGAUAUAGCCAGGACUUCUAUCGCUUCGGGAAUAUUUUAAUGUUUUUUUUUGUCGUUCUUACUACUCUUACGAAAUUUGCGUAUAUCUACAGUAUAUAUAUGAAGACUUGUGUAUAUACCAAGGAGCGAGAAAGUUCUAAAUCACUGUGACCUCUUGCAAAUACGCAGGAUCUUCUUCAUCCACAAAAAACUUCAAUUAGAGACGGUAGCACUGAGCAGUGGUCAUUUUUUGAUGAAAUAAUGUAUAUUUUUACGUCUUGUUGCAACAAUAAUCUAAACGAGUUCUGUAUGUGUGUUACAAAGAAAACAAAAAAAAUGAAAAAACCAAACUAAAAAACGUAAAAAAAUGUGAGGAAAGGGAACGAAUGUGGAAGUUCCACAUGGAGGAUAUUAAAAGGGGAUUGAAUUAAAGCGACAUUUUUUUAGCAUCGUAAAAAA